AUGUCUGGUGUUAAAUCUCGACUCUCGAGUGUGCUCGCCCAUCUCGCGCCGAAUACCGCGGCUCCAUUUGAACAUAACUUCAAUCGGCAUACGCUCUCGCCAACAUUUUUCCUUCCUAGGGCGGCAGCUAUCGAACCUGAUGCGGAAGCGAUCUACCAUGUGACGGCCGAUAAUCAGAUUCUCCGCCGAACGUACAAAGAGACCGCGGCUCGAGCAUGUGGUUUGGCAUACUAUCUCAAGAAGCACGGGCUUCGAAGAGUGGGAAUCCUUGCUACUAAUACUCCGGCGUUUCUGGAAUCGAUUUUCGCAGUUGCGGCCGCGGGCGCGAUCAAUGUUGCCGUCAACUAUCGACUCAAACAAGAUGAUAUAGCUUAUAUCUUUGAGCACGGAGACGUGGACAUGAUCAUCGUGGACAAAGAAUUCGAACCACUACUUGCAACUUAUCGAUCGCAACAUCCUAAUGUUCCCUUUCUGGUGGACGAUGAUAAGUUUAGCAAGCCCUGGGAGGUGAUUGGGAAUGGGGACUUCGGCACUGCUAUCGAAGAAGGCUGGAAAUAUGACCAGGAAAACGGACAGCACAGAUGGGAAGGACUAGAGAGUCAGGCUCCCGACGAAGAUUCUGUUGUGGCACUUGCCUAUACUAGUGGAACAACUGCGCGUCCCAAGGGAGUGGAGUUCACCCAUCGUGGCUGCUACCUGGCAGCAUUGGCGAAUGUGAUUGAGUCUGGUCUGAAUUCCGAUAACGGACGAGCUAAAUAUUUGUGGACGCUACCCAUGUUUCAUGCAAUGGGAUGGACAUUCCCAUGGGCUGUGACAGCUGUUCGUGGAACUCACUAUUGUCUCCGCAAGAUCGACUACCCAGAGAUCUGGAGAUUGCUAAAGGAAGAGCAAAUAACUCAUUUCAAUGCCGCACCGACUGUCAAUACCCUCCUCUGCAAUGCUCAAGAAGCUGAGAAACUGUCUCAUUCUGUGCGCGUCACGGUGGCUGCUAGUCCUCCAACGGCGCAUCUGUUUGAGCAAAUGACGAAUCUCAAUCUCCACCCCGUCCACGUUUACGGUAUGACGGAGACUUACGGGCCGAUCACCAAAGGAUACUAUUUGCCACAGUGGGACCAGAUUCCCUUGAAAGAGAAGUAUCAGAAAAUGGCUCGCCAGGGCCACGGUUUCAUCACGAGUCUUCCCGUCCGGGUGAUCAAAACUGAUGUGCCCGAGGGAACAGUUACCGAUGUCCAGCGAGAUGGCAAAGAGAUCGGUGAGAUUGUAUUUGUGGGUAAUAUCUGUGCCCGCGGCUACUACAAGGAUUUCGAGGCCACUCGAAAACUGUUUGCCGGGGGUGUAUUGCACUCUGGAGACUUGGCUGUAUGGCACCCGGACGGCGCCAUUCAAAUCCUCGAUCGUGCCAAAGAUAUUAUCAUCAGUGGUGGCGAGAAUAUCUCCUCUGUUGCCCUUGAAUCUAUGUUGGUUACCCAUCCCGAUAUCCUCGAGGCCGGUGUGGUCUCCGUCCCAGAUAGCCACUGGGGUGAACGGCCGCAGGCCUUUGUCACGGUAAAGCCAGGGAAAAGCUUGGAGGGCCUUGACGUAAUUAGCUGGGCUCGCAGCUCCAGUGAUAUUAGUAAAUUCAUGAUACCUCGGGAAGUGGUCGUGGUGGCUGAGUUACCCAAGACCAGUACAGGCAAGAUACGCAAGAAUGUGCUGCGAGAGUGGGUGAAAGCGCCUGAGAAAAAAUGA